AUGGUCGCAAACUCAGUCGCGCUGGCCUGGAGGGCCGCAGGUCCCCGAGCCCGCUCAUUGCCGUCUUUCCGCUGCGCGCAGCGUCCGUCGAUCUUCCGCAACCACGCCGUUGCUCCUCGGCACGGAGCCAUUAGAUUUGCCUCUGAAACGACGACCACCAAGGCCGCCGAUGCCGCCUCCGCCACUACCGAGGCUGCCGCGGAGACGGUGAAGGAGGCGCCCAAGAAAGCCGGCCGUGGAGCUCGGAGGAUCGUGCUCGGCACGUCUGUGGCUCUGGCGCUUUUGGUCGGCUAUGUGUAUGGCACGGAUACGAGAGCCAGCGUGCACCGGUACGGCGUGGUUCCGUUGAUCCGACUCCUAUACCCUGAUGCGGAGGAUGCGCAUCAUCUCGGCGUGGAUACUUUGAAGACGCUGUACCAGUAUGGACUGCACCCUCGGGAACGCGGGAACCCGGAUGGAGACGGUGCUUUGACGACUGAGGUCUUCGGAUACACGCUCGCCAACCCAAUCGGUAUCUCCGGCGGACUGGACAAACACGCCGAAGUCCCCGAUCCGCUGUUCGAGAUCGGACCUGCCAUCGUCGAAGUUGGUGGUACCACGCCACUGCCGCAGGAUGGCAACCCUCGCCCACGCGUGUUCCGUCUGCCAUCGCAGAAAGCUAUGAUUAACCGGUACGGGCUCAACUCCAAGGGAGCCGACCACAUGGCCGCCAUCCUGGAGCAGCGGGUGCGUGACUUCGCUUACGCCCAGGGCUUCGGGCUCCAUGAGCAGGCCGUGGAGCGGGUCUUGAACGGCGAGGCCAGCGUUCCCCCCGGUAGUCUUGUCCCUGGCAAGCUGUUGGCCGUACAGGUGGCCAAGAACAAGGCCACGCCGGACUCGGACAUCGAAGCCGUCAAGCGCGACUACGUCUACUGCGUCGACCGCCUGGCCAAGUACGCCGAUAUCCUGGUGGUCAACGUGUCGAGCCCCAACACCCCCGGUCUACGUGACCUCCAAGCCACCGCACCUCUGACGGCGAUCCUGAAGGCCGUCGUGGGCGCCGCCAAGGGCGUCGACCGCGCAACCAAGCCCUUUGUCAUGGUCAAGGUCAGCCCUGAUGAGGACGCCGACGAGCAAGUCUCGGGCAUCUGCGAGGCCGUCUGGGGAUCCGGUGUCGACGGGGUCAUCGUGGGUAACACGACCAACCGUCGUCCGGAGCCCUUGCCUCAGGGCUUCACCCUGCCCCAGAAGGAGCAGACCACACUCCAGGAGACGGGCGGAUACUCAGGUCCGCAGCUCUUCGACCGCACGGUGGCCCUCGUCGCGCGGUACCGCGCCCUGCUAGACGAGACGCCCGUGACGCCGGACCUGGCCGGAGAAGCGCAGGCCGAGACCGCGCGCGUGGUCCACGCCGAGCCCGACGCCGAGAACGUGCCCCCCGUGGACCCGCCCAGCGUGGCGGCGCAGUUCCCUCGCAAGGUUCUCUUCGCGUCUGGAGGCAUCACGACCGGCGCCCAGGCCCAGGCGGCUCUGAACGCGGGUGCCUCGGUGGCCAUGAUGUAUACCGGUGUCGUGUAUGGCGGCGUGGGCACCGUGACUCGCGUCAAGCAGGAGAUGCGCGAGGAGAGACAGCUGAAGAAGGAUUAG